AUGCUGCCAGGCGUGCCCGUCGUGGAGUCGGAUGACGAGGAAGAUGAGUUUUCACCGUUUGCGAAGGUGAAGCCGAUGCCGGCGCCUGUGCCCUCUGCCCCGGCCGCGCCGCCGUCGAACGACCAUGUCCCGGAGCCCCACGAGUUCGAUCCGGAUGCGAUGGUGUCAGGUCUGCAUGCCCUGUCGAUGCACGCGGAGGAUGGCCCCAUACCACUGACGCCUCUCGACGUGUUCUGCAGUGUGCUGCUCGCCCACAACGAAGGCUUGUUUGCCGAGCACAGCGACCCGGUCGUGCGCAUGACACGUGCAUCGCAGACGAUCCAGGCGGCCCUGGAGCGCAGUCACUACGACGUGGGGGCGGCGAUGCAGGCGCUCCGGGACGCGCAUGCAGCCGGCACGGAUGUGGCCUCGGUCGAGACGCCUGCGCCCAGCGCCAUGCGCGUGUGCCGCUUCUUUCUCGCAGGCGAGUGCCGGCGCAGUGACUGCCGCUUCUCGCACGAUCUGAACAAGGCGCUGUGUCGCUUUUGGCUGCGUGGCCAGUGCCUCAAUGACCCGUGUGGGUUCCUGCACGACUAUGAUGCGCUAUCGAAGCUCGCGCAGAGCAUGGUCGUGGCGCCGGCGGCGCCGGCGCCAGCCCCGGCGCCCGAGCCUGUGGCGCCGCGGCCGCGGCUCGCUGCGUCGCAGAUGCGCACGCCCAAGCCGGCCGCGGCGCCAGCGCCGGCCGUGCGGGCGGCGAGUCAGAGCGCGCGCGUACCGCUGCGCCCGCCGAGCCUGCUGCCUACGCUCGCCACGGGCCACGUGCUGGCCAUGGACACGAACAAAAUUCGCGCGGCGCAGCCCAAGACGCAAGAUGCGUGGGCCACGACGCAGGUGCUGCUGCGCGAGCGGCAUGCGCGCAUCAGCGAGCAGCUGCAGGUCGCGGCUGGCGGCGAUGCGGGCGGGUGGGGCAGCAGUGCGCAGGCGAGCGAGGAGCCGGGCGCGCGCGGCCUGCGUGGCCGCUGGAUCGGCGGAGGACUGGGCCUCUGCCUGGGUGUGGCGCGGCGCGCGACGGCGGGGCCGGCUCUCUCGCUGGACGAGCGGACCGAGGCGAUGCUGGACCUGCACGGGCUGCAUGUGAGCGAGGCGCUCGAGGCGUGCGAGCAGUUCCUGCUCGCGCUCCCUGCCGAGGGCUUCCGUGGCCUGUGCUACCUGUGUGUGGGCGCUGGCAAGCACAGUGCGCGCACGCGGGGCAAGCUGAGCACGCAGGUGCGCGAGUUUCUCACGAGCUGGGGCUAUCCCCAUGCCGAGUACGACGGCGUGAUUGCGUGUGAUCCGUGUACGCAUUGGUAG